AUGUCUUCCUCUCAGCUCAAUCAGGAUAAUGGUGCGGACUUACAGUGUCCUUUGCCGUUCCCAGAGCGCUUCUAUGCGGCUAUCGCUUUCGCGACCGAUCCGCCACCAUCCUCGCGUCAAGUCUCCGAUGAAACAAGAUUAUUGUUGUACGCUUUGUAUCAACAAGUGAUGGUUGGACCGAAUUACGAACCGAAACCGUGGGGGUGGUCGAGUCUAGAGCUAGCGAAAUGGAACGCCUGGUCCAGUUUAGGAGAGAUGGAUGCGAAGGAGGCGAUGACGCUUUACGUGCACACGAUGGAGGAAGAGAAUGAAAACUGGUGGCAGCUUUCCACGAACGACGGAGAUCCGGAAGACACGCAAGUUGCGAUAGAAAACGCGAGAAGAUGGACGAUGGAAAUGGGUUGGAGUGCCGAUCGGAGUUUGUUGAGUCCAGCGUCGAUGUCUAGCCAACGAGGAGGAGAAGGAGGAGGAGGAGGAGGAGUGGGAGGAAACGGCGCGGAUAUCACGCCGCCCUUAUCUCCACCGAUGCCAGGACGCGUUAUGGGUGGUAGAAACGGAUACAUCGCAACGAAUAACAACAUGAACAAUAUGAACACGAACGAUAAUAGAGAUAUGCACAACAAUAACGAAAACGCGAUGCUUUCCGCGUCGACUUCCCAGGUGUUCCACCAUCAACAGCAGCAGCGCGACGGUGGAAGAAGCAGUAACGGAGGGAGUAGCGGUUUGAACAACAUGCAAGAGAAUAAGCAACAGCUGCAAAUUUACGGAGGAGGAGGAGGAGGUUUAGUAGUAGCAGGAGGCAAUGGGGAUACUUGCCCGUGGUAUUUGCAAACGAAAGAGGCGCAUGAGAGCAUAGCAACCGCUCGAGAGGAUGGGAAUUGGACAUCUUUAGGAACUUCGACUUUAGGCUCGGCGCUAACGCCACGUUCAUCGAGAUCUCAUGCGAGACACGGCCACGCGGCCUAUGCGAUUGGGAAUAAGAUGAUUGUUAUCGGUGGUAAUACCGCAGGUACGGUGCGUUCAGACGUCAUAGCUUUAGACUGCAAAACCUUGCAAUGGGAACAGGUGGAGUGUAUUUGCGUGCAGCCGGGCGCGAAUUUUACGCCUCGGCACGGUCACGCCGUGUGCGUUACUGAUGAACGCGGAGAGAAUCAUACCGAGUUACUCGUUUGUGGGGGGUUUACAAAAGAUGUUUCGUCGAAAGCUGCUGGGAGAAACGGAACAACAAAACCCGCAGAGUUUGAAAUGUGGAUAUUAGACUUAUCCAACUCGUUUCAAACGGGCAUUUCGCAAAACCUUUCGCAAAAUUCAAACUUAGGAAAAUGGACGAAAAUAACCACGAACGGGAAAGGUCCGUGCGCGAGAGGUGGGCAUACGGCGUCGAGAUGUGGCGAAAACAUAGUUAUUUUUGGAGGCGAAACGCCGAGCGGUCAGUGUUUGGGAGAUUGUUGGUUGUAUCACGUCAGCUCGAGGACGUGGACAGAACUUCGAUGCAAAGGAUGGACGUAUCCGUCGCCUCGACGAGGUCACUGCGCGACGGCGUACAUAAACAGCGCGGGCGCGCACUUUGUGUACGUCUUUGGCGGGAGCACCUCGUCGGGCUGCGUGAACUCGGAAGUGUACGCUUUAGAUGUGAAAGCCUGUCGAUGGCGAAAGACCAAUCCUGAGGGUGGAUUUAUGCCGCAACCUCGUUCUGGUGCGGCCUCUGCGCGUUUAGGCGAUAUGUGGUACGUAGUCGGUGGUGGUAAUAGCGAAGGCGGAUGCGUAGAUACUGUGGCUUUGACCCUUAGAGAUCCUCUUUCCGCGGAGCCAGCGUGGGCGGAAACGUGUAGAGCGGCACCGGCUUCGGCGGUGGCCUCCGAGAGCGGCACGUGCAUAGCUAUCCCUGAAAUUGCAGCUUUAGUAUCGUUUGGAGGGUACGAUGGUGUACGAGACCGUGGCGACUGUAGCAUUUCAAGACAUCCUCAGUUUCUGAUUGAACGAAGCGGAUCAAAAGACCACUUGUUGGGCGCCGGCAAACCGCCGGUGGCGCCUUCGCGGAACGCGUCGAACAACAACAACAUCAAUAAUGCUAAUAACAGUUCGAAUAGCAACAUGCAACACACAGCUUCCGUGCAGCGCUUCAAUCAGCAGAACGAUUCGACUCAAAUGCAAACGAGAGAAAACAGUAGCAAUUCAGUCAUGAACGAGGAACUCGCGGCGUUGAGAAGGCAGCUGCAAAGAGCGAAACGAGUGGAAGAACAACUCCGUGUUGAGCUCGAAGACGAACGGUCGAUGCGAAUGCAGUUAGAGGAUGAGUUGGAGAGGCAAAGCGCGCGUGGUAGCAGAGGGAUGGGUAGACGUGGUAGUUCAAUGGGUUUAGCGCGCCAAGGAUCUUCUCACGGUUCGAUUUGGAAUUUUAUAGCUCCGGAUCCGUACUCGAACGACUGGCGUUAG